AUGGAACGACCCUCAGACGCCGCGCUGUGCGGCCUGGACCCAGCCUCCGGGCUCGCGUAUGAACUCGGUCUCUCGUGCGUGCUGUGCGUCGUGGGCGCGACGCGAGAGCCCGCGCUCGGAGAGGACGCGGAUGGGUCGCGGUGCGUGCGCGCGGGGCGGCGCGCUGCGGUGUGCGGGACGCCGACCGUCGUGUGCGCGACGCCGACGACGUCUAAGCGCGCGCCGAUAACGCCCGCGAUUGAGGCGUUACGUACACUCCUUCUGACGAUCGCGGCGACGACGAGCGGUGCCAAGACAACACCGGUCGUGUCCAUGACGCGCGCCGCGAACGCGCCGCGGUCGCACUUCCCGUUCCCGACGAGAUUACGGUGGGCGGCGCUCGGCACGGACCAGGCGCGUUCUACCUCACACUGGUUCCCAUACGACCGCGUUCGCGUGGUGAACGCCGAUCCUUAA